AUCGUUCAUUUCCUUUGGGAUCAUCAUCGUUCGUAGUACGGUGGUUGUCGCGUCUUUCGCACCAUCCACUUUUUCAAAGUAUUUAAUUAAAUUUUUUUCAUCCACUUCGAUCGACUACUUCAUCGAAUAUGUCGCAUCGUAAAUUUAGUGCUCCUCGUCAUGGUUCUAUGGGUUUCUACCCAAAGAAGCGCGCACGUCGUCAUCGUGGUAGAGUAAAGUCUUUCCCUAAAGAUGAUCCUAGCAAGCCUAUUCAUUUAACUGCUUUCAUUGCAUACAAAGCUGGUAUGACCCAUGUUGUUCGCGAAGCUGACCGUCCAGGAUCAAAACUCAACAAGAAGGAGAUUGUAGAGCCUGUAACCAUUUUGGAAGCUCCACCCAUGAUCAUUGUUGGUGUUGUAGGUUAUGUUGAAACUCCAUAUGGUCUUAAACCUUUGAAGACAGUGUUCGCUGAACAUUUGUCUGAAGAUUGUCGUAGACGCUUCUAUAAGAACUGGUACAAAUCAAAGAAGAAGGCUUUUGUCAAAUACUCGAGGAAGUGGCAAGAUGAAAACGGCAAGAGACAAAUUGCCAAAGACCUUGCUAAGAUUGCCAAGUACUCUAAAGUUAUCCGUGUUGUUGCUCAUACUCAGAUGAAAUUAUUGAAGAAACGUCAAAAGAAGGCUCAUAUCAUGGAAAUCCAAGUUAAUGGAGGUACAGUUGCUGAAAAAGUGCAAUGGGCCAAAGAACAUUUUGAGAAGCCAGUACCCGUUUCUCAUGUUUUUGCUCCAGAUGAGAUGAUUGAUUGUAUUGGUGUCACUAAGGGUCGUGGAUACAAAGGUGUUACAUCCCGUUGGCAUACAAAGAAAUUGCCCCGUAAGACUCAUAAAGGUCUUCGUAAGGUUGCUUGUAUUGGAGCAUGGCAUCCCAGUCGUGUCCAGUUCACUGUUGCUCGUGCUGGUCAAAAAGGUUACCAUCAUCGAACUGAAAUCAAUAAGAAGAUAUACCGAAUUGGUCUUGGAAUUCAUACUAAAGAUGGAAAGGUCAUUAAAAAUAACGCAUCAACUGAGUAUGAUUUGACCGAGAAGACUAUUACUCCCAUGGGAGGUUUUCCACAUUAUGGUGAAGUCAACAAUGAUUUCCUUAUGAUUAAGGGAUGUUGUGUUGGCCCUAAGAAACGAGUUAUUACUCUCCGUAAAUCAUUGUUGGUACACACAAAACGUGCUGCUUUGGAAAGUAUCAACUUGAAAUUCAUCGAUACCUCAUCCAAAUUUGGUCAUGGACGUUUCCAGACUGUUGCUGAUAAGGCUGCUUUCAUGGGUCCAUUAAAGAAGGACAGGAUUCGUGAAGAAGAGAAGGCCACAGCUGCUGCUAAAUAAUUGUACAAUUUCAUUAUUUGACAAUUUAUAAUAAAUACCAAAAAAAUCAAACC